AUGACUACUUUGGGCAACCUGACACCCUCAAGCACUGUGUUUUUCUGUUGUGAUAUGCAAGAGCGAUUCCGGCCUGCCAUCAAGUACUUUGGUGAUAUCAUCAGCGUGGGCCAAAGACUGCUCCAGGGUGCACGGCUCUUAGGAAUUCCAGUUAUUGUAACUGAACAGUAUCCCAAAGGUCUUGGCAGCACUGUGCAAGAAAUUGAUUUAACAGGAGCUAAACUUGUGCUUCCCAAAACAAAAUUUUCAAUGGUCUUGCCUGAAGUUGAAGCAGCAUUAGCAGAGAUCCCUGGAGUCCGCAGCAUUGUCCUGUUUGGUGUAGAAACUCAUGUCUGCAUCCAGCAAACAGCAUUGGAAUUAAUUGGCAGGGGUCUGGAAGUUCAUAUUGUAGCUGAUGCCACCUCAUCAAGAAGUAUGAUGGACAGAAUGUUUGCUCUUGAGCGUCUUGCUCGUACUGGAAUUAUAGUUACUACCAGCGAAGCUAUAUUGUUGCAGCUGGUAGCUGAUAAAGAACAUCCAAAAUUCAAAGAAAUCCAAAAUCUCAUUAAGGCAAGUGCCCCUGAGUCGGGACUCCUUUCCAAAGUUUAAAGAGGAUGUAGAGGAGGCGGAUCUCAUUGUCAUCUUUAAGGAGGAAGGAAGGCUGUAAGCACACAUGUGUACCUUCUUUCACUCAAAGUUUGGUAGAAGUGUAAAAUUAAAAGUUGACAUACUCAUGCUUGCCUUAGCAAAAACUGUUUGGUUAUACAUCUGGGUGCCAGUAUGUUCUGUUUAGUUACAGCUGUCAGAGGUGUUGGGUACUGUAGAACCCUUUUGUUGUCAGAUUUCAUUAUUUAUUUUAAAAAAUCCAAAAAUUAACAGGUGCCUGCUAGUCUAUACUGUACACUGAUUGUAACAGCUCCAAAAAGUGCAUAUUUCUGUGACACCUCUUGAUUGUGCACUUUGUAAAAGUGUUCUGUGAUAUUUUGUUUUACUUUCGUAUUAAUAGCAGAUAAUUACGUAUUGCAUAAAUGUGAUGUGAUACACUUUAAUGUUCUAUGUAAGUGAAGUACUUUAAUAGGGCAUAAGUUAAAACUGUGUAAG